GCCCCAGCGAUGCAUGCAAAUAAAAUGAAUAAUGCUUUAUUAACCAUGACACUUGCAAACAAAGCAACUUGUUUGUCGUAUAUAGAAACAGAUUACUAACCCAUCAGAUAUUUUGUUAAAAAGCAUUAUAUUGGUGUUUCUAAGUAACCACCAAUAAUAGGCUAGUUAAAAGAGUUUUUCCGGGAAACACGCCGGCAGGCUUCUGAUCUAAAAAUAUACCAGGGCAAAAAACAAGGUGAUUCUUUGCGUAAUGCAGGGAAAUAACCAAUUUAAAAUCUUAUCUAUUGUUUUCAUUGCCUUAUAUAUUCAGCUGGAUAUGAUUAUUGCUCAGUAUCUCCACUCCAGUGAAGGAAUUAGAAGCGGCAGAAACUGGCACUCAAAUAAAAUAAGCCAAGGCAGAUGGCAUCAUCAAGCACACUCGACACUCGCCGAUCAUCACAAGACGAACCAAAGGGAAGUGAAUGUGAAAAACGAGAGACUAGGAUCACAAAAGAGAACCUUUAUAUGGUUUUAGCUCUUUGGAUGGAGAAGUUUCCUUCACAAUCUCCAAAAAGCUCUUUCAAGAAAGUCGGUGUCAUUUUUGUCCUUCCGAACGAUCGCGUACUUGCAGCCGAUUGCAGUCGGGAUGGCGUUCAUGGCGUUGCAAGAGUGAUGAUCAAUCAUUCUGGCAAGCUGGAAGGUUGCAAAGUCUUCAUUUCUCGGAAACCGUGUUCCGUAUGUGCCAAACUCCUCGUACAGUCGAGAGUUUCCCGUGUGUUCUACCUUCCAAUAGAACCAGAAUCAGAAAGCCAGAAGGAAUUGGAAAGAGUAGAUAAUCUCUUCAAAGUAAGUCCAGUGGGCCAAUCUAUCUUUGUCCCUUGUGUGGAGGAAAAGGUCUUGACCAACGACGAGAAGAAGCUUCCAGAAGAGAUCACACCGGAGGACAUAAGCGUUUGUCGCGAUGAACUCUUCAAUGAAUGGUGGGGCGCCGAGUGGAUUACGCGUGCCCAAAGUUGCCUUCCUUGGCCAAGCCUGGAUGACAAAAUGAAAACUCAAGUUGAGCAGGAUUUUAAAUCUCUCAUGAAAUGGAUCGCCGUUGUUAAAGCACCGAUAGACAAAGGAAUUGUAUUCCAAAAGGUGAAAAUCAUUGGUGAUGAUGGCGGAGAGCCAAGCGUGAAACGUGCUAAUGAUGAUGAAGAGUACCCUGACCAGGAUUUAGCUUCCCACAUGAUGAUUUUUGCAAAGAUGCUUGCACGGCAGACUGAUGACCCUAAAAAAGGCGUCGGUGCAGUACUAAUUAAAGGGAAGGAGUUUGUCAGCCUUGGGUGGAAUGGAUUUCCAUCGAAAGCUUUGUAUGGCGAAUUUCCACGCGCUUCAGAUGAUGAUAAAGCACCGGAGACAAAGUUUCCUUACGUCAUUCACGCUGAGCAAAACGCUCUGCUGGUGAGGAACACCAAAGAUUUAACGGAUGGAGUUCUGUUUGUAACGAAAAGCCCUUGUGAUGAAUGUGCUCCAAUGGUCAAACUGAGUGGUGUGAAGACCAUUGUUGUCGGGGAAGCAAUAGACAGUAGUCAUGGAGGAGAACUGUCUUACAACGUAAUCAGAAGUUAUAUAAAAGACAAAGAUUUAUCCUGUUUUGAAAUGAGGGCCAGCAAGAAUGUACAAGCGAAGCGUUCAGCGUCUGAUCCAGAAGUAAGGAAGAAUUUAAAGCGCAAGAAGUGA